UAGACUUGAAAGGCUUGUUAGCGCAGCCUUGAUGAUCUCGACCUGGUCGCACUCACAGCCCAGCAGCCCGUCAUGGGGGACGGUGGUGGCGCUUCCUCGCCAGUGAACUUCCAGAAUGGCACGGGGAGCGAGGCGUCCGACGCACCCGGCUCUGGUGCAGCCGCGUCCGAGCAGUGGAUGGCGGGGAUGAGCCUGGUAAUGGGUUUGAUUGUCCUAUCUAUUGUGUUCGGAAAUAUCUUGGUCAUCGUAGCCAUAGCCAGGACGCAGAGGCUGCAGACGCUCACCAAUGUGUUCAUUGUGUCGCUGGCGAGCGCGGACCUCAUUAUGGGGGUGUUAGUUGUGCCAUUUGGCGCAGCGCUCGCGGUGCGCGGUUCGUGGCUGUAUGGCUCCUUUUUCUGCGAGUUCUGGAUCUCCGUGGAUGUUCUCUGCGUCACCGCCAGCAUCGAGACUCUGUGCGUUAUCGCCAUAGACAGGUAUGUGGCCAUCACAUCACCUUUCCGCUAUCAAAGCUUGUUAACAAAAUCCCGGGCCAAAGCGGUGGUGUGUGUGGUUUGGGCGAUCUCUGCGCUGGUCUCCUUCUUGCCCAUCCUGAUGCACUGGUCUCGGGACAGCGUGGACACAGCCUGCUACGAAGACCCUGAAUGUUGCGACUUUGUCACCAACAGAGCAUAUGCCAUCUCCUCAUCCAUCAUAUCUUUUUACAUUCCUCUCCUGGUUAUGAUAUUUGUUUACGCCCGCGUGUACAGAGAGGCGAAAAAGCAGCUGAGGAAAAUCGACAAGUGCGAGGGCAGGUUUCACAACACCUUAACCGGACUGACCUCCAAGUGCAAGAAGAGGCCGUCUAAGAUCCUGGCGCUCAGGGAGCAGAAAGCGCUUAAAACGCUUGGCAUCAUCAUGGGGACGUUCACUCUAUGCUGGCUUCCCUUCUUCAUAGUUAACGUCGUGAGGGUGUUUUGCGCAGAGGUGGUGGACAAGGACCUUUUCGUUUUCCUGAACUGGCUGGGGUACGUGAACUCUGCCUUUAACCCUAUCAUCUACUGCCGAAGCCCAGAUUUCAGGAAGGCUUUCAAAAGGCUGCUGUGCUGCCCGAGGCAAGCCGACCGCAGGCUGCACAUCAGCUCCUGCGACCUGUCCCGAUGUUCGGGCGGGUUCGUGUCCUCUCUGGAGCCCGGGACGCUGGGAAUGUGGUCAGAUUGCGCCGGCUUGGACAACAGUGACAGUAGUUUGGGGACCGGAAAGCUGUCUCACUCUGAAUCACAGCUGUGAGGUGGAAAAAGUUCAACUUUUAGUUAGGCGGAUUACAACCGCCUCGGGGAAAAAAAAAAAAAAAAAAAAAGAUGGUGAUUAAACGUUUCUUUUUGGAGAAGGUGUGUGCAAGAGCCAUAUCGGAUUUUUUUUAGAUGGGGCCAUUUAAAACUGAAUCAUUUUUGCUCACACACCAGGUGAAAUUACUAGAAACGUAUUUGAAAGACAUUUUUUUAGAAGACAUCGGGAUAAAUAUUCUUUCCAAAAUGCGCACCUAUCUCCAGGCUCAGAGCCGGAUUAGUGUGAAAGAGAUGAUAAGAUUUACCCAGUUAUAGCCUGUCUAUCCUAAAAUUUGAUGGAUACAAAGCUUCUGUGAUAAAUCCUGUUACUUGCGAAUUUGAAAUUCAGUGAAUCUGUGCAUCAGCCAAAGAGCGCACUCACAGUCCUGUGAUUUAUGCCUGAUAUAUACAUAUAUAUAUUUUUUUUUUCAGUUCUAAUUUUGUUCGAUAACCAGUUGACUUCUGUAUUGAUACGUUAUAAGGGGAAGCGGGUAUCCGAUCCUCACUCCAGGUUCGUGCGUAAAAAUUCAUUCAUGACCGCUCAGGCGCACUAUAAGAAACUGUUAUUUAAAGGCACUGGACAAUAGCAAAGCAUUUGUCGGAGUGACUGUACUGCAGUCAUGUAGAGCUCGCGAAGUCUUUUACCUCACAGCCAUCGGCAAGUGCAAUUUGUACGACAGGUAUUUGUUUAUAUUAAACAUUCGUGUAAAAUAGCCUAUUUAUUCCGCGCUGUCUUUUACAACUAAACAAGUAAUUGUGGGGCGGAUUCUAAUGCCCGUUGUACAUAAUGUUUAGUACCCAAGAAGAAUUUGAGCCUCCUUCCUUGUCUUUGGCUUUACAUGCUGUUGUGAGGUGGUGUGUUAAUGUAUGUGAAAAUAAAAAGAAGUUUCGCUGUUUAUUACUGUUUAACACCUCUUUUUAUUGUAUUCUGUUA